UAAGCAUGACCAUGCGCACCGCAGAGCGCAAGUAGUAGCAGCUUCGGCGACGAUGGCUUCCAUGGCUCGCACACUGCCAAGACACACGGCGGGUACGACUGCGGCGUCGUGCGAGGUGUGCCGCACCCGCAAGAAGCGGUGCGACCGGCAGGUGCCGCGGUGCAGCUACUGCCGCUCGAGCGGGUCGGCGUGCGUCUACCGCUCCCCGCUCGUGCGUGGGCCCCGGCCGGGUUGGCAGCACGAGUGCCUUGUGCGCGCCCUCGAUGCCGAAGAGGCGCUGCGACAGCUCCUGAGCAUCGAAAAUGUGAGGCAGGAGGUGGCCAAGCGGCGCGGCAGGUCAUUCGGACCCAGGCGCUCUUCCUCCGAGAGAGCAAGUGGGGAUCAGAAGAAGAUCGCUGAGCGGUGGAAGCAGAGGCCGCUAGGCAGCACGUGGGACGAGGUGCUUCACUUUGCGCAGGAGCAGGAGCAGGAGCAGGAGCAGGAGCAGGAGCAGGAGCAGGAGCAGGAGCAGGAGCAGGAGCAGGAGCAGGAGCAGGAGCUACCGGACGAAGAGGAGACGGCGAGCGCCGAUCUGGACUACGUAUCCACGAAAGAUGAUCGACUUCCUGCCACACUUUCACACCAACGCCGAGCGGAAAGCCUCUCUAUUGCUCUCCCACCGCCGCCCAGCAAACAGCUUCUGCACAGGCAAGGCACGGAGAUCAUUGAAGACGAUGAUUUCUGGUAGUGUGCAUCAUGCAUUCGGCCCUAGGUGAUUGUGUCAAACGCUUCUUCAAGCGACAGUCAAUUCUAUACCAUGAAUGCCAGAACCUACGGCGAUGUCUGCCCAGUAUCGCUUCGAGCAUCGAAGACGCCUUGAUUCUUCUAUCUGUUUUUUACUUAUUUACCACAGCCCCUCUUGCAAUUCGGAUCUCGCUCUCUGGC